AUGUCCUCCUUUCCUAAAACACCUGAGGAAAUAGUCAAGUUCUUCCAGGGCUUUAUUGAAGCUUAUAAGGAACAGAACAAAAUCCCAUGUGAUUUUCAGUGGGGACCCUGCAUUCCUCAGCCUGACACGGAUAAGAUGUUCUAUGGAAAUCAGAUGAUAACACCUGAUGGACAUCAGGCAUUUCAUGAAUAUCGGAUGAAAGUUCCCCAAGACCAGAUAAACCAUUAUGGUCAGCUGACAUCUUUUAGUGGUGAGAAUAUAGGCAGAAAUCCCAUGAAAAUCCAGGGUAGUAAAUACAGACUCAGUGGGUAUCAGAGGACAAUUUACAGAGCUGACCAGAAUCUCUGCAUCGAUCUUCAGAUGACGAGUCAAGUUGGUGGCCAACCUCUCUGUGACUGUCUAAUUCCAACUCCUCAAUGUUACACAAUUUAUCUAGAGAGCAUGAAGAUAAAAUGCAGUGAAGACAACCUGUUUCAGUAUCCAGAAGCAACUCCCAGUUGUGAAGACAAUUACUUAGGUCAGGUGAAGACCACUUCAGUAGAUGAGAAGGUCUGCUCAGGUCAGAAUCCAUCACCCAACGUUGAAGGAAGCCACAGUCUUCAGUUGCCUUUAUUUAGUAACCCAACACCAUAUGUGGAUCAAUCUACAUAUCCUUCCUCUUGCUUUGUGAAGCAAAGUCAACCCUUGGAGAGCUUUUCAGUUUCAUUUUCAGUCCAGGGACAACUUCCACAAGAGAAGUCAGACCUGGAGACCCAGAGCCAUGUGACUCAAAAGUCUUCCACUUUUAGGUUCUUCUGUACCUAUCAGGAUUGUGGUAAAUCUUACAUAAAAUCUUUCCACCUCAAAGACCAUAUGAAGAAACACACUGGGGAGAAGGCCUAUGUGUGUAAUAAGACUGGAUGCAAUUGGAAAUUUUACCACUUUGUAGAUCUCCUACGACACAAAAGAAAGCACAGUGGGGAUUAUCUUCACCCUUAUGCCACGUGCAAUAAGAAUUUUUCCAAAUUAUAUUAUCUCAAGCAGCAUCAGAGGGUGUGUACUUGA